CGAACGAGAAGCCAUACAGAUUAGGCAAGUGAGCCUAAUCUCUCCCAAACCAUAAGAUUGAGUAUGCCUGAAUUCUUCCCAGAGUGGAAGAAUCCAUUUUAAAUAUAUAUAUAUCUACAUGUAUAGAUCCUUUAAAUAUUUGUUCUGACAUUCAUUGUUUUUGAGUCACUGUCAUUGAGAAAAUUUAGAAAGGAGCUAUUAGGAGUAGGAAAUAGAAAGUAAAUAAAAUAUCAAAAUAAAAAUGGGGUUUUAUAAAUGAUAUAAUAGGCAAAAUAAAGGAAAGGCAUCCUAGACCUCUGGUUUAAAUGAAGAUGGCACUUGGCGAGAUGUCUUCCAGGGUAGUUCACAUGAUGUAUGUUUUCAGAGAAUUAUCAUAUUGCAUAUGCUGCUAUUUUUUUUUAUUUUCAUGAAUUAAAAGGCAUGUUGAGAUUUCAGAGUUUUACUUAUGAUCUCAGACUCUGCAUUUUUUCUCUGUAAUGUUUGACAUUUCUUCCUAGCUAAGUCUCUAGUUAUAAGGUCUGUGUUGUGGCAUGUGGACAGUGAGUGGAAAAACCUAAGAACUCAAUUUGGGGCAGAAGAAUGUAAUCAAUUAUUUCAGAAGUGAUACAAACAAUAUGACAUGUAGAGCAUUCUGGCCUUUCCUGGGUCUUUUUUCUCCAUUCCUGGAUUUCUUCUCUUCAUGUGAGCAAGUCUGAGGUUACUAUAUAAUGUCUCUCACAGGCCACAGCCCCAUUCUAAAUAUUCCCAAUAGAAAUUCAUUUAUUAACCAGAGAGUGGUGGGUGGGGUUGUUUUUGUUUUUUAAACAAAAGUGGAUCUUAUGGGCAUUCUGGAAAGCUCCCGCAGGAAGCUAAGGAUAAAAUUUUAAAUUGAGAAGUCCCUUUCUUCAAACCACAUUCAGACCCAAUUCUGCUAUUCUAUUUAUUUUUCAAGGGGAUUAGCCUUAUUUUAACACCAAUAAUCUUAUCACAAAAACCUCCCAGAGGAAGACCCUGUAGAUUUUGUGAAAGGGGAUUAAAAACGGAGGGAAGGGAAGAGUGUUUGGAAUUUCAGGCACAGCAGACCAGGAAGAGCGUCCCGGGAAAACAUAUUAUCCAGACUUAAGUUUAUAUUCCCUGUCUCUCUCAGACUUUUGCAGAAAAAAUGAGUCAUUCAAUAAAUAUUUGAAUCGAGAUAGGGAAGGUGACGAGGAAGAAGUUUGCACUUACGAGGUUUUAAUUUGCAAUUAUUUGGCUACCUUUUUGCCUUCCCAAAACAUAGGGUCUUUAGGAGUGAAACUUCAUAGCCAAACUUAUACCUUGUCCAGCACAGAGAAGGCCAUCAAAAUGCCUGGUUUAAACAAAAAUAUUAAAAUGAUUGGGAGGGUAAAUCCCUUGACCUAUAAAUCUGACCUCCUUUAAACAUUAUUUGUACGUUCCCCAAUAAACUAUUCCGUAAUUUAUUAGUUAGCAAGUGGAAAUAAAAAGAAAUGUGGAAUGGGGCUGUGCUUAGCGUCAUUAAGCUGACAGGAAUACAACGCAUUCAACUUGCAAACACCCUUCCACUCCCACGAAGAGCGAGCUGUCACUGGCCAAUCAAAACAAUGAACCAUAAUGAAACAGUUUUUCUUGCUCCACCCACUUGGUGACCAAAUUUGAAAAAAAAAAAAAUCCGCGCCAACUCAUGUUGUUUUCAAUCAGGUCCGCCAAGUUUGUAUUUAAGGAACUGUUUCAGUUCAUAGCUUCCACUGCGAUAGGAAUCAUGUCUGGUCGCGGCAAAGGCGGAAAAGGCUUGGGGAAGGGUGGUGCUAAGCGCCAUCGUAAGGUGCUCCGGGAUAACAUCCAGGGCAUUACAAAACCAGCUAUUCGCCGUUUGGCUCGGCGCGGUGGCGUCAAGCGCAUUUCCGGUCUUAUCUAUGAGGAGACUCGAGGUGUGCUUAAGGUUUUCUUAGAGAACGUUAUUCGAGACGCCGUCACCUAUACGGAGCACGCCAAGCGCAAAACUGUCACAGCCAUGGAUGUAGUAUACGCCCUAAAACGUCAGGGGCGCACUCUGUAUGGCUUUGGCGGCUGAAUCUAAGAAUACGAGGUCUCCUGAGAACUUCAAAAAACAAAAAAAAAAAACCCAAAGGCCCUUUUCAGGGCCGCUCACAAAGUCGUUUAAAGAGCUGAAAUGCGUUGCGAGAGUUUGGAUGACAGAAUUAACCGUGAUAGCCUGCAUAAGAAUGAAUUGUGUUUGCCAAGACUGGACACUGACAAAGUUUCAAAGCAUAAAGUAGGCAUAGAGAGGUAAGCGCUAAUAAAGUGAUUGGCUCCACAAAAAGUAUUUUGCUGGGCGCAGUGGCUCAUGACUGUAAUCCCAGCACUUUGGGAGGCCAAAGCGAGUGUAUCACUUGAGAUCAAGAAUCCGAGACCAGCCUGGCCAAAAUGGUUGAAACCCCUUCUCUACCAAAAAAAAUACAAAACUUAGCCGGGCGUGGUGGUCUGCAUCUGUAGGCCCAGCUAGCCCGGAAGCAGAGAUUGCAGUGAGUCGAGAUCGCGCCACUCUCCUCCAGCCUGGGCGACAGAGCGAGA